ACUAAUAAAGGGGGGAAGCAGGGAGGUGUAAGGGCAUCACCCUUCAUGGUAAAAUUAGAAUUAACCCCAGGCUCAUUUUAUAAUCCCAGAUCAAUAAUAAUUUGAUGUAGGCCAUAGUGACUAGAGUACAGCCAAUAAUGCUCAUCAAGGACUUUGAUUUGAUUCUCGGGGGCAGCUUUAUAACCUGACAUCUGUUUGGAACCCCACCUAAUUGGACCUUACAACAGGGCGUUCAAAGUCAGCUGAUCCGUCCGCAGCCAGUCGCCUUCUGAUCACCAGGACGCUCUCAGUACUGCUCGGUAGACCCAGAUCCCUGGUGGUCUCCCAACCCGGAUGCUGCUGCGGACUCCGGGAGGCUAUAACUAACAAUAAUUGCAUCACUGCGCGGCGGUGUAGCUACCGUCAGUCACGACAGGGGCUGAUACCAUUUCAGUACCCUUCAGGAGAGGACAGCUCCCCCACGUUCACGAGCCGUUACCGGGCUAGAGAGGAUGCUGUGGUGGAGGACCGGAGGAGGAUCAUUCAUUCGCAGUGGAGCGUGAGGUUGUAUAGUGUGAGUGUGUACUAGGUAGGGGUGUAGUCUUUCUAUAGACAACACACUAAAUAAAUUAAUUGCGAUCGCGAGCAGUACUCGUAUGCAGUUUAAACACGAAAGAAAAUUGUGGGUGAGUAAAAUAAAUCUACCUAGAGAGGUAAAGAGAGACAGAGGCAGGCGAGCAUCAUAAGAGAGAGAGAGAUGGCGGAGUGCGGGCGGAAGGCGCUGUCUCUCCUGGAAGCGGCCCGCUCGCGGUACGAGAGCCUGCAGAUCUCCGACGACGUGUUUGGGGAGUCGGGGGAUGACAGCAGCGACAACCCCUUCUACAGCACCUCUGGAGACUCCAACUCGGACUCAAACUACAUCUCCGAGGCGGGAGAGGAGCACCACAACCACCGGGCGCCGCACGGCGACAAUGACAGCGGCCACGGCGUGCAUGGCAGCGGGGGGGGACGCGGCGGGGGGGCCGGUCCCCCCGGCUCGGUGUCCCGGAGCCAGGCGGAACAGGACGGGUGGACGGAGACCCUCCAGGAUGUCACGAUGCCGCCGUACAAAGACACACAUGGUCCGGCCCAGAAGAUGUCCGUCGACUCCACAGCCCUGGACUUCUUCCAGCUCUUCGUCCCCGACAACUGCGUCCAGAACAUGGUCACCCAGACCAACAUGUACGCCAAGAAGUUCCAGGAGCGCUUUGGCUCUGAGGAGGGCUGGCGCCCGGUCACGGCCCAGGAGAUGAAGGCCUUCCUCGGCUUCGUGGUGUCCACCAGUGUGCACCGCUGCGAGUCGGUGCUCAGCAUCUGGAGCGCCGGCUUCUUCAGCAACCGCAGCAUCGCCCUCAAGAUGAGCCAGGCGCGCUUCGAGAAGAUCCUCAAGUACUUCCACAUCGUGGCGUUCCGCCCGUCCCAGGGCUGCAACCAGGGCCUCUACAAGAUCCAGCCCUUCCUGGAUUCCCUGCAGCAAUCCUUCAGCCACACCUUCAGACCCUCACAGACACAGGUGCUGCAUGAGCCCUUGAUAGACGAGGACCCGGUCUUCAUCAACACGUGUACAGAGAGAGAGCUGAGGAAGAGGAAGAAGAGGAAGUUCAGUCUCUGGGUCCGACAGUGCACGUCAACUGGAUUCAUCUGCCAGAUCUCGGUUCACCUGAAGGACGGCCAGGGGGCUGACGGCCUCUCCACCCUGAAGAACAAGCCCCUGCUCCACAGCCUGGUGGCCAAGCAGCUCUGUCAGAACCUGUCCGGGAAGAACACCAUCAUCUUCACAGGGCCCUCCAUCACCAGCCUCAGCCUCUUCACUGAGUUCAGCAAGCAGAAUAUCUACUGCUGCGGUCUUCUAAGCACCAGGAAGAGUGACUGCACGGGCUUGCCACAGUGCAUGCUGGUCUGCGGGUCCACGCCAGUGCAGCGCGGCCAAUCACAGGUGAUGAUGAAGGACAGCAUGUCGCUGAUCAGCUGGUACAACAAGGGACACUUCCGGUUCCUCACCAACGCCUACUCCCCCACCAAACAAGGUAUGAUAAUCAAGAGGAAAAGCGGGGAGAUCCCCUGUCCCCUGGCUGUGGAGGCCUUUGCAGCCCAUCUCAGCUACAUCUGCAAAUAUGAUGACAAGUACAGCAAGUAUUUUAUUUUCCACAAGCCCAACAAAACGUGGCAGCAGGUGUUCUGGCUGGCCAUCAGCAUCGCCAUCAACAACGCCUACAUCCUGUACAAGAUGUCCGACGCCUACGCCCUGAAGCGCUACAGCCGCGCCCAGUUCGGAGAGCUGCUGGUCAAGGAGCUCCUGGAGCUUGACGACUCCUCCCCUACCCAGUGAGGAGGAGCUGGAAGAGAGGAUGAGGAAGAGAGAAGCAGGAGGAGAGGAGAGGAGGAGGAGGAGGAGGAGGAGGAGAUGAUAAGUAGGUUGUGGAGGAGGAGGAGGAGGAGGAGGAGGAGGAGGAGAGGAGGAGGAGAAUAGGAGGAGGAGGGAAAGAUGAGGAGGAGAAGGAGGAGGAGGAGGAGAACAAGGAGAAGGAGAAGGAGGAGGAGAACAAGGAGAAGGAGGAGGAGGAGGAGGACAAGGAGAAGGAGGAGGAGGAGGAGAACAAGGAGAAGGAGGAGGAGGAGGAGAACAAGGAGAAGGAGGAGGAGGAGGAGAACAAGGAGAAGGAGGAGGAGGAGGAGGAGAACAAGGAGAAGGAGGAGGAGGAGGAGAGGUGGAGUCUCCACUUUGCCAUAAAGACACGAUUAUGUUUACACACAAACACACACACAAACACAGAUGGACACACACAAACUGUAUAUACAAUGGCAGUAUCACUUUGCGAAUGCAAACGCCGGAGUCGAUGUUGACAACCACACGCAACAAGACACAAGCAACAAUAUUACACACUGCACGUGGGCGGAGCAUACUUACUCACGCCCCCCCCUUCCCUCCCUCCCCACACACACCCCUGAUAUUCCUGGACUCACAUAGAGCGCCUGUGUUAGCGUCCAGCGCACGCUACGAAGCGUCCCGGAGCGCGUCGGCGCCAUCGGAGCAUGACGGAGCGCUGUGACUGGGACAGGGACUGUUCGGACUGUGGGAGUCUUUCCUUGCCCCCCCCCCCCCCCCCCGUUCCAACACACUCCCAGCCCACCUAUCCCUGCUGUCCCCAACUAUACUAAAUCUGUGUCUGUAACACUGUAUAUACUCCUGAAUACACAUUAACAAAAAAAAAGGAGGCUAGCUUAGCUAACAAACCGACAGCACUCACUUGGUGAGAUCAAUGCUUUGAGCCAUGGUUGAAGACAUCUCACCCGCGAUUAACCUCACACAGCUUUGCUACACAUUUGUCAACGGUGUUUUCCCAAGCAAAGCGGUCCUAGAAUAUUUAUAUUGGGAAAUGGAACAUGUAAUAAUACAGUUCUGCUACAGAGAGAGAAAUUAGCCCUAAAUGAUGUCAGUUUUCAUAUUAAAGUAGCUUGUGUUGUUCUGUGAACGAAUGAAUGGGUGCCAGGCCCUGAAAAGGCUUCUGCUAAAUGGAGAUAAAGUGAGGUCACCCCGUAUCCGUAUCUAAAGUUUAGGGGGAGGGAUUAGGGUGUGAAACCGACACACACAACUGCAUGAACACAAAAGUAAGUCAAGUAAGUGGAUAGUGAUGUCCUCUUGGUCCACAGUCUUUUUGUUUUCAAGGUGGUUUUAGUAUUUUUUCCGUUGUGUGUAAAUGUUUGUGAAGAGCAAUCCGAGCUUCCAUUUUUGCUUGUGAUGAUAAAAAAAAAGGAUGAUACAGUAUCUAUGUAUGGCUAUCGUGACCCAGAUAUGUUGUUGUGCUAUUGUGUCCUUGCUUAAGGAAGGCUGAUAUGCUGACUCUUUCAGACGGCAGUAGAUUAACUCCCCCCCCCCCCGGCCUCCCUCUAAACGCUGUUGAAACAACUCUUAAGGUUUGUGGCCUCACGUCGAAAACAAAGAGACGGAACUAUCGAAGGACGUGUGAAACUCUACAGUCAUGCUUUUAAAUGAUAAUGAACAAACAAAAAACAUUUGACGAUACUAUAUAAAACAAGGCCAGAUUUGAAGUUAUGUUGUUAAAGUGAGCGGUUAUAAUUUCGUAUUGUUAGAAGAGAGAGAGAGCGUGGAAGAGAGAAAGAUCUGGAAACUAAACUAAGUCCCCUCUCCUCCCUCUCUGCCCCUACGCUGCGUUUCCUCACCAUUGAGGAGUGUUCGCAAAAUCGAAGAGAAAAUCGUAUAGCACCUUUGACUGUUCUGUUCUGGUCAAUCCAGGUUCUUUAAAACCCUCUGUUUCUCUCAUUCGGUUUUUGGGUCCAAUCCUACAACCUAUCAGGAAUGUCACAAGUAGAGAUUGGCAUAGGCCCGCAUAUUUUAUCUUCAGUACAUGUUUCUGUGUAUCUUGAGAAAUCCUUUGAAAAUAAUUAGAACAAAUCAAUGAGUACAGUAUCCCUCACUGUCACCUCUUCUCAUGAUAAGUAAGUCCUGAGGAAUAAAACACAAUGCAAGCCUAAUGCAGUGUGUCGGCACUACAGGUGUCAGCUCUGUUUGGGCUGACUAAGAACAGCAGUGCAGUUUUCUCAGAAUCGAUCAUAAGAUGGAACCAGCUGCAUUGCUUAAAAAAUCUCCAAUACUCAUAUUUUAGUGCUUUUAUCAGGUCAGCAUUGAAAUCCCUUGAGCCAGAGGCUAGUUUCCCUCAAGAGGUUUGGUCCUUAGUUUGACUUGUGUAAAGAGAUAUAGAUGUUUGUUUGGUCACCCAGUGCCGGGACCCCAUGCACCUUUGCGAUUAUAGUUGUGCACUUUUGACCGGAUUAGAAAAACACUGUAGUGACAUACAAGGAGAAAUAUUCCUAGAUAAAAUGCUAGAGGCAAAAUUUGCUCCCCAAAGAUGUCAUCGAAUUGUCUUGGUCGAAAAAAAACAAAGAAAAUAUAUGUAUGUGACUGUACAUUUAACAAAAGAGAGAUUGUUUCUAAUUAAAUGGAUUAUAUGAAUAUACCAAUGACUAUAUGAUAUGAUGACAUGAUAAGAGUGAAUAAUCAUUAUAAUUAUGACAAAAACAGAUUUAUUUAAUAGACUUCACUGUACCAACAUUCUUUCAUUUGUACAAAUCACAGAGUAUACUUCAUUGAUAUUCAACACUAAAGAUUGUGUUUAAUUAGAA